AUGUCUGCCCCACCACCCCCCGCCUCCUCCGACGAUGAUGGUAAGCCCGCCGACGAGGAGGGCGUAGAGAUCCGCGAGGUAUGGGCGAACAACCUCGAGGCGGAGUUCGCCGUGAUCCGUGACGUCGUCGACGAUUACCCGUACAUCGCCAUGGACACCGAGUUCCCGGGCAUCGUGUGCCGCCCGCUCGGGAGCUUUCGCUCCAAUGACGAGUACAACUACGCCACCCUCAAGGCCAACGUCGACAUGCUGAGCCUCAUCCAGCUUGGUCUCACCCUCUCCGACGAGAACGGCGCACUCCCGGCCAGGGGCACGGGGGGGCGCCCCUGCGCCUGGCAGUUCAACUUUCGGGGCUUCGAUCCGCGCUCAGACCCCGCCAACGCUGACUCCAUCGACCUGCUACGCAACAGCGGGAUCGACUUCGACCGCUUCACCACCGAGGGUGCUGACACAGGCCACUUCGCCGAGCUGCUCAUGUCGUCGGGCGUCCUGCUCAACGCUGAGCUCCAGUGGGUCACAUUCCACAGCGGGUACGACUUCGGGUACCUGCUCAAGCUGCUAACCGGGCGGAACCUACCCGACACCAUGCCUGGAUUCUUUGACCUCAUCAGAAUCUACUUCCCUGUGCUGUACGACAUCAAGCAUCUCAUGAAGUACUGCGGCAGCCUCCAUGGUGGCUUGAGCAAGCUUGGUGAGCUACUUGGUGUCCAACGUGUGGGGAUCUGCCACCAGGCUGGGUCCGACUCGCUGCUGACCUUGCAGUGCUUCCAAAAGCUGAAGGAGGCAUAUUUCAGAGGAUCGACCGAGAAUUAUGCCGGUGUAUUGUAUGGUCUUAUUUCUGAUGGUGGGGAGAACAGACCACCAGCAGCUCUGCUCAUCGAAUGA